AAACUGUGUUAUAGAAAUGCUACAUUAUGUGUAAAAUAUUAAUAAAAGAGUGUCCCAUUUCUGAAACAUUACCUUAACAUUGGUCAUUUCAUCUUUCUAUAUAGCUUUCUUCACAUUCACUUGAAAGAAAAUACCUUAAAAGUACUACUGAACUAGCUAGCCAAUUAUUUGGUAUCUGCUUAUUUUAGAGUUGAAUUAAAUAGUGUGAUGAGUAUACCAUUUUCUGUGGCAGUAAAGCCUUCCAUCAUUAGGAACAAAAGGAAACCAUGUUGCAGAAGAUAUGGUGUUAUAACAUCAGAAUUAACCAUGGUUCCAAAACAUAGUAGAACCGCGUCUUUUCCUCAACUGUCAAAACAAGGAGUUUCUGUUGCUGAUUUACAUGUACAAGAAGUCGUUGAAAAACAAUCUCGGAUAGCUGAUUUCGAUACUCCAUAUCUUAGUAAUUUCGUGCCACAGUUUGAGCCUGGUUUUCUCAAGAACGCGUAUGAAAUGUGCAGAAACAUCUGCGCUGAAUAUGCCAAGACAUUCUAUCUAGGAACGUUACUUAUGACGGAAGAAAGACAGAAGGCUAUUUGGGCUAUAUACGUUUGGUGCAGGAGGACAGAUGAGUUGGUGGAUGGUCCUAAUGCUGACUAUAUGAGCUCUGCUGUUCUUGAUAGAUGGGAAGAUAGAUUGCAUGAUAUUUUCAAUGGACAACCCUAUGAUAUGCUCGAUGCUACUCUUACCGAUACAAUUUCCAAGUUUCCUUUGGAUAUUAAGCCUUUUAGGGACAUGAUAGAAGGUAUGAGAAUGGAUACGAGGAAAACGCGAUACAAAAAUUUCGAAGAAUUAUAUCUUUACUGCUACUAUGUGGCGGGAACGGUUGGAUUGAUGAGUGUUCCGGUAAUGGGAAUCGCGCCGGAGUCUCACAUUCCAGCUCAAAGUGUAUAUAAAUCAGCAUUAUAUCUUGGUAUUGGAAAUCAACUCACAAACAUUCUUAGAGAUGUAGGGGAAGAUGCAUUAAGAGGUAGAGUGUAUCUUCCACAAGAUGAACUUGGUGAGUUUGGUUUAUGUGACAAAGAUGUUUUCUCAAGAAAGGUGAGUGAAAGAUGGAAAGAGUUUAUGAAACAGCAGAUUGCAAGGGCAAGAUUCUACUUCAACUCUGCAGAGGAAGGAGCUUCUCAUCUUGACAAGGCCAGUCGUUGGCCGGUUUGGUCGUCUUUAAUAUUGUAUCGCAAGAUCUUAGAUGCAAUCGAAGACAACGAUUACGACAAUUUGACAAAACGAGCUUAUGUAGGACGAGCUGAGAAGUUUGUGUCAUUGCCUGCAGCUUAUACUAGAUCUCUUUCAAUUCCAAAAACCAAUACGCAUUCUUCCUUCACAAGACUAAUGUAGCAAAAUUGUACUGAAUUAAACCGUUUUAUUAUUAUUCAUCAGCUAAGAUGUAUGACAAGAUAUUUUUAUUAAUUGGUCAAGUACAGUCUGUAAUUAAAUAAUAAAAUUGAGGGCAGUUUUGUAUUAUCCGGUGGAAUCGACAUGUGAACUUGUCUCAAGUUCUGGUUAAGAGUGAUUAUACAAAUAUAAGAAUAAAAUAAAAUAAAAUACUUUGAUCAGCAGGGGUCUUCAAUGCCAUGUUCUUUCUGCAAGGUUCCUUUUGUCGUGUAUGUUUUUUCUUA